AGUGUUUGUUUGGAGUCGUUUUUCUUCUUGUUUUUUGUUCUAUUUAGUAAUAGAAAAAUAGCUAUAUCUAUUCCAUAGUGUGGUCUGGAAAAAUUGAAGGAAUUCUAAUUUGGAUCCUAGUGAACGAAGAGGAACGAAAAGGAAAACAACGCACGUUACUACUCAUCUAAAGAAACAAAAGGCAAAGUUUCAUGUUGUAUUUCUAUGGUUUUGUUUUAUCCUUUAGCCAAUGUCUAGCAUGCUUAGAUAUUUGUUAUGAUGCUUUUGAAAAACACUGAACAUCCGAAAAUUUCAAAGGGAACACCCCUUUGAACCUUUUUUAUUUUUUUAUUUUACGCUUCCAUCGCGUUCCCCGCCCAUAUCGGUUCUUUUAGACUCUACUUGGAUAUUCAUGUCAGAUAAACAAAAGGGACUUGUAGGUGCAUUGCAUUGCAAGAACUGUUUCCUAAUUCAGAGCACAGGUUUUGUGUUAGGCAAUUGCAUUCCAACUUUAAGACUUUUGGGUUUAGAGGGUUGGCAUUCAAGAAUGGAUUUUGGAAGGCUACAAGAGAAAUAACAUUUAAUCAAUUUAAUAAGAGAAUGCAAGAAUUAAAAGAUUUGAAUGAGGGGGCAUUUGCUUGGUUUAGUGACAAGCCUCCAAAAGUGUUGUCAAGAUCACAUUUUCCUACUCACCCUAGAUGUGAUAUUCUCUUGAACAAUGCUUGUGAAUGUUUCAACAGCAACAUACGUGAAGCAAGAGAAAGCCAAUCUUGUCCAUGCUUGAGCGGUUGAUGGAAUACUUGAUAAAAAGACUCCAACUAGAGCAGCGAUAGGCAAAGAAGAAAUAGAAAAAGAUAACGUGUCCUAAAAUUCAAAAAAUAAUAGACAAUAAUAUUUGAGAAGCUUGGAGAUUGUAUUCCAAUAAAAUUUAAUGAGAAGCAUUUAUCAAAUUCUUGCUUUGAUGGCAAUCAAUAUAGUGUUGACUUAGAGAAUCAGACUUGUGGGUGUAGAAAAUGGGAUUUGAGUGGCAUAUCAUGUAAGCAUGUUGUGUGUGCAAUGUUUUGUAAUGGAUGGAAAAUAGAAAGAUACACGCACCAGUGUUACAGGGUUGAAACUUACUUGAAGACUUAUCAACAUGCAAUCAUCCCAAUUAAUGGAAGAAAUGAAUGGAAAAAGAUUUGAACCCACCAUUCCCACCAAAACCUGUCAAGAGAGAUGAUAGGUCUCCAAAAGCUACAAGACUUGAAGCUGAUGAUUGUUCCUAAAAGGAGGAAAAGAAGGCCUGAAACCAAUCAUGAGGGAAGGAUCAUCCACAAUCAAGAGGGAACAGACCACUGUCAAAUGUGGUAAGUAUGGAGCACAAGGACACAAUGCCAGGGGGUAUCGAAGUACAAAUGCAACCACUAUACCAGAUGCCAGCAUCCAAGUGCCACAGGUUUCAACAUAAGGAAAAGGAAUUGUGCACGAACCUGAAGUGCAAUUGCAGACUAGAACAAGAAGUGUAUGACCUGUUUUGCUUAUCAAUGCAACUGUUACUUCCCCCUUUUAAAAGUGACUGGUUUUAUGUUUUUCUACAAGGACAUGUGCCAGGUGAACAACCACAAAAAAUGCAGGUUAGAAGAAAAGGCAAGGGGAUAAAAGUACAACCAGAAACUGAACAAAACUGAACACUUUUUUUACUUACUGUUGGACACUUUUUUUUUAAACUAAUUGUUGAAUGUAUGUAUUUUGGUGGGGCAAAACUGUACAAAAUGCCUUAGUUUUGGCUCUAUUUUGGUGGAUGAAAACUGAAGGGUUUAAUUGAAUGAGUAUGCCUUUUAAUGUGAAUUUAGUGUGCCUUUUGAUUAUUGGUGUUUUAUCUUAGUAGGCAGGUUCUACCAAAAUAAUUGUGCAUUUUCUGCAUUUGAAUACAAGUUAUAUAAAACCGAAUACUGGACAAAAAUUGCACUAGGACAAAAUUAGUGGACUAAAAUUACACCAAAAUAAAACGAGUGAACUAAAAAUUAUAUUUACUGAAAACAAAUAAGUUCAUUUCAUCUGCCACGUCAGGUUUCAAGGACACGUCAUAUAAAAAAUCCCCAAAUUUUUUGACAUGUACAAGUUUCCAGCCAAAAAUGGACAAAUCAACCACCCAAAUGCCUAAUUGAAACAUUUUUCAUAUUGUACAAAAUUUGAUAAUUAUCGUAGUUAGUGGACCAAAAUCAAACGAGAAUCAAGUUAAUAAACUAAAAAAACUUUUUCCCUAUUAAAAUCACCCAAACUAGUUACAGGUUAAAGUAAACAUGGCCUUUCUUUCUAUUUUCUUUUUUUUUUGUUUUUACACUCACGCACCCAACACACAUGUAUAACCCAAGUUCGAACAUGAGACCACCUAUAAGUUAGUCUACGUUUGAAUCAUUGAUGUCCCCUGGGACGCCCUAAGAUCAUUUUUUGAGAAUCCUGCGCUCAGAGAAAGCGACUUAUACUCACCAAUGUUACAUAAUGAACCACUCACCUGUCCUUACAACUAACUGAAUAGGCAUCAUCCAAACCCAUUGUUGGUGGUCCUUACAUCUAACUGAACAGACAUCCAAUCCAAGUUCCAGAAAAGAUCAUGUCAUAUCAAGAAAAUAACAGAAACAAAUCCUCUGUGGACAGACAAAUUCAAGAAAAAGACAGAUGGUCCUACAAUCUGAUGCUCAGAUGAACCCAUCGAAGGGGUUGGACCAUUAAAUAAGAACCAUCAAAGAAAAAUCGGAAACUAGACCUGGAUAUUAUGAAAUAGCAGUUGCAAAAUAAUGGGCUUGCUCGGCUCUCAGAAAUGGUGGUAAGAAAGG